AUGAAUGGAAGUACAAGAAUGUUUCAUCUUGUUACGAUAUUUGUUGCACUUGCAGUUGCGUUGUUAAAUAAAUGUCAAGCUGAUUUGAUUAGCGAUUUUUGCGUGAAAUCAAACAAUCCUACUUUAUGUACCAAUACUUUGAGAUCCGAUCCUCGAUCCAAAGGGGCGGAUGCUCGAGGCAUGGCUACAAUUGCAAUCAAGAAGGCAGAAGAGGCCACACAAGCCUCCAUAAAUGUGGCAAAAUCACUAUUGAACAGUGGCAACAAAGAAAUUAUCAGCACGUGCAUCGAGAAUUUCAGUAGCGCUGUAGCUAACAUCAAGGAGUGCGAGUCACUAUUAAAUAGACGUGACAUUGGUACACUACGAUCCAUAGGCUCGACUGCUUUAACCGAUGUUGGUACUUGGAGUGAUGAAUUUGGAGCAAAUGAGCCACCAAAGUUGAAAGAAGCAAGUGGAAAGGCCGACACCUUUGUUCAAUUGCUUCUAAUAAUUGCUAAUUCCUUGUAA